GUUCACGGCGGAAAUUGCUUUUUCAGGCAGAAAAUCUGCAUGGGGAUAGGGGAGAUAGCUCGCUGCAACAUUUUUCCUCCACCGCCUCUCAUCAGACUGCUUCGAAAGGAUCUGAAUUAGAAAACCCUUUUGAGGCAGACUGUACCAACCAGGAUAGACAAUUUGAACAUCCAGGGGACGAAAAUGUUCAGGAUGAAAGGACUCCUGAACAAUUGCAGUUGAACUUAGAGGAGCAGACUGACCAAGCUCAGCUGGACCAGCUUCAACGUGAAAUGGCUAUUUGUCCUGAAUGUGGCCUGCUGGAGAUGAAAGGCCCCAGAUGCUUUGGACUGACGCCAGAUGAGGCAGUUCGCGAGUUGCGCUUCCGAAUAUUUUGCACUACUCGACUGACCUCUUCUGCAGGUACGAUAUCCAAUAAUAGCUGUUGGCUGGAAUGGAAUUGCAAUGGUAGGAAAUACGUUGCAUAUCCAUUCUUAUUGUCUGCUCAGUAA